UCGUCUAAAUCCAAUAUGGCGAAAAAACAUUACGGCGGAGUCUAAUUUGACUAACGUAUUUAAAAUAAAUUGUGGCAAGUGUAAUGUUUUUCCUUAUUUUGUAUAUCGUAUAAUUUCGAGUGUAUAUUUUUUUUCACUUCAUAUUUCUCCCCGUUUUCUUAAAUUUGAAAAAAUAAGAUUACUCGCAUGGCAUUGUAUCAGUGUUUGUAAACUUAUCAAGAAGAACGAGGGAAACAAGUUUUUAUGUAUAAAAUUAAACAAAUAAUGAUAAGUCGAAUACCAGUUUGGGACAUGGAUGUUCAAGAAUAUAUUAAAUCGAAAGAAGAUGAGUCUGUUUUCGAUGAGGAAACUUUAAUAAUAGAUAAGAACCAGCCACUAUUUAAGGUUAUAUUUCAGAAUGAAACUAUUGCUCGAAAAUUUAGACAUGAGAUAACCAUAAGCAUAGAGGCUUUGAUUAAUUCAAAGAAUAAUAUUAAUCUAUGCAAUAACUACUCUGACCUAAUAUUAGAAUUUUGGGAUAAACCGAACGAAUGUAAAGUUAUUGUACCUAAUGUGGAAAGCGAAAACAACAAAGAUCUCUUUACUCUGGACACACAGCCUUUAAUAUGGCAAAAUCAUAAAGUACCUACGUAUGACACGUCUUAUAAAUUAUUUGAUGAAAAUAGAAAGAGAAAAGAAGAGAAAUUAAAUACUGGGGAAGAAAAAAACGUAUGUAAUAGAAAACUUUCAUGUUUUAAUUGUUCUGGAAACCAUAACUUAAAUGAUUGUGUAUUACCUUGGAACCAAGCUAAUAUAACUAAGAAUCGUAAUAAGAAUCUUAGUGAUAAAAAAAGUCAUAAAGGUAUAAGAUAUCAUUUAGAUGACUGUCAAAAAUUCAGUCACUUGAUUCCUGGUCAAAUUAGCAAAGAUUUACGUUACGCAUUGGGCCUCAGAGAUAAUGAAUUACCUUUGCAUAUUUACAGAAUGAGAGCGCUCGGUUAUCCUCCUGGAUGGUUAGAAGAAGCACGCUUGCAACAUUCAGGAUUAUCUCUAUUCAAUUCGGAUGGAGCACCAGAAUUGGAUCCUGAUGAGGAACCGGGAGAAGUGAUAAUCAUAGAAGAUAAAUAUCAAUACGAUAUAAACAAAAUUGUAGAUUUUCCUGGGUUUAAUGUUUCACCUCCAUUGGGUACUCGUGAUGAACAAAUGCAUUCUUGGACUCCUGAAUUACAAUAUGCUCAUAGUAAGGAAAAUAUGCUAUUAAAUAUGGGUAACAAGAAGACACCAGAAGGAUAUAAGAGGAAAAAAUUAAAAUUAAAUACAUCUGCAACAAGCAAUUCAUCUAUAGUACCUAGCGAUAUGGAAAUAGAAGAUUUAAGUGGAAUAGAAAGUAUUGUUGAAACAGUACCUAUUAAUGGACAUUUUAUACCACCUUUACCAAAAAAUAUACCUUCUAAGCCUCCAGAACCACUAUCUUCGUCAUCAACAUUGGAACAGUGUUCAUUUGAUAGUCAAUCGCAAGAUUCCAUUGAUGGAAGCGUGUCACCAUUGUCCAGGACAAAUUCACCAUCGUUAUCAGAUCUCGAAAGCAUAAAAAAACGAUUACUUGUAGAGCUUGAGGAUUCCAGCUCGCAAUCUAAUCUUGAAACACCUGUGAAAUGCAAUUCUUUAAAUAAUACUUUGAAAUCGGAAGCACCUUCACCAUCCAUCGAACACACACCACAAUCCAAUCUCUCACAAAAUAUGCAUAAUUCAUUGAAUUCAAGUCAAGGAAGCAUAAUAUCAAUAGAUUUGGGCACACCAGUAGUACAAAGUAGUUCUCCUUUUAAUAAAUUACCGUCUUCAGACAAAUUUUCAAAGAAUAUUUGCGACGUCAUAAAUUUUGAAAAUUUACCAGACUCUACAGGUAAAUACGAACAAAUGACAGGAGUUCUACAAAAGGUACGAACUACUAUGGCCAAAAUUAAUAGCGAUUUGUGAAAGCUAUUUAAAUAUCUAAUUAUCUAUUAAAAUAUCUCAAUCAGGGUUGAACUAUAUCUAAUUGAAAUAGUUGCAAUACCAAUAUAAUUUGUUACAUACAAAGUUUGUACAUAAUAUUUUAAUAUAAAAGAUAUCGUGCAUAAUAAUAGCAUAUAAUAAUGCAUUAUUGUAGACGAUAAGUUGGAAAAUAAUGGUUAAUUAUGAAAAAUAUUUAACUUUUUAUUUACAUUCUCGAAAAUUUUGAAAUGUACUGUAAAAAGUGAAAAAAAAGAAAAGGACGACUUGUUCGACCGCAGUAGAUUAAGUCAAUAAGUAUAUUUAUAAUUUAAUCAUAAAUGGUACGAUAUUGCAUAAUAAAAAAUAAGUUUUUGUAAAUCAAUGCUUAUUUUUUACAUGAAAUUAAAAGUACAAAAAUAUAAUAAUCUUUAAAUUUUUUAAACACUAAAAUGCUUUUGUCGGAUUCCAUGAGAAAAGCAUUUUAAAAAUUAAUAAUCUUCUACGUUAUUUUAAAUUAUUCACUUUUUGCUUUUGUUUAAAAUAAAUGCAUUAAAAAAUAAUUGUUUAGAAUUAUUUAUUAUACAUAACGUCAAAUGAAAUAACUGCCAAGCAAUAUAGUGGAAAAAAAUAAAGAGAAUGAAAACUUCUCUAUUAUUUUUAUAUAUUAUAAUUUGUAUACUAUAUAUAUUGGAAUUGUAUUGAUUUAUGUCUUUAAUAGAAAUUCGAUUUUUAAAAUAAUUGAAAUGAUAUGUGGAUGAUUUAUGGUCCAAUUUUCGAAUCGAAUCGUUCAGUCAUUUUAAAAAUAGACCAAUUAAGUGAUCGAACGAAAUCAUGUUUUUCUUUUUAUUAUUAUUACUAUUAUUAUUAUUUUAUCAGAGUUACAUUUUUCUCGGUAUCUUUGAAAAUAAAUGAAAUUUUCUCUACGAUUGUGUCAAACGAUUGAAAAAAAGUAAAAAAUUUUAUUAAAUUAUAAGAGAGAAAAAUAUUUUUGGUACUUUUAUCAGAAAAAAAGAAAAGUGAUAUGGAAAAAUUGUCCCAGUUUUAGGUUCGCUAUACAUAUCUAAAUGUAAUUUCGGUGUUUGUAAAUACCGAAAUAAAUAAAAUUAAAUAAAAUUAAAAAUAAUUUAUACCAUAUAUAUAAAAAGGGAACGAAUUCAUUUGACAAUACAAAAAUACAAGAAUAAUAAAACAAUAAAGUAACGAAACAGAAUCUAAAGCAAGAAUGUGCAUGUAAACAUAUUUAAUUGCUUUUUAAUCAUAAUUUUAUGUUAUCGAUGUAUUUUAUUGAAGCAAGAGAGACAUACUGAUAGUUUGUUAAGACAAUCAUCGUUAAAUGUUGUCACUCUUUUUGUAAUAUCCCGUGCAAUGUAACUAUGCAUAUUUUUUAUAUUUUCUAUCAUAAAAAUCAUUAUAAACUAUGUAAAAAUGAUAUCAGCAAUCAUUGCUUAUCUCUUGAUGAGAAAAAUGAUUUGCCAUAGAAGUCAAUUUCAACGUGUACCGAAAACGGUGCACGUGGCAGGAAACGUAUUAAUAAACUCUUACAUUCGAUCUAUUCACGCGCACGCUUAUGUAAAUUUUAAUUAAUUUAAAAAGGAAAGAAAAAAGUAAACGAAAUAAGAAAUAUUUAUUAAAAUAUGAUCAAUCAUUGUAUAUUAUAUUAGGAUUACUGGCCAUAUGCGAUUAUUGGAAUGGAAAGAAUAACUUACAUAAUAAAUCUUUCAUGAGAAAAUAAUUCCUUUAUACUAAUUUUUAAAUACGCCAUAUACCAUCCCAUUUUGCUAUACAAUCACAUGUUAUAUUCCUACAUUUAUUAUCAUUAGUGCUAAUAUUUUACAUUAUUUCUGUACACACUGUAUAUACCCCCCAUAUACAAUAUGUAAUAAUAAGCAUUAGUAGAAAGAAGUGAAGAAAA